AGAACACCGACGAAGCAACACGCUGGUCGCUUGACGCCAAUUCCACCCGUCUGUCGCCACUAACAAGCUCCGAAGCUGCCGUCACAUCGAACCACCCUGGAAGCCACCCUGCCAGCGCACCCAGCUUCCACCUUUUAAAUCAAACUCGGAGAAAUUAAGGCACUUCUCGAAUUCCAGGAAAGAUUUGGAAUAAAGGUUAGCGAGUGUACUUGAUGGCAUCGUCUCCAAUGGAAUCUGGGGCAUUGGUUUUAUUGCAAGACCUACAUCCAUUUUCACCAUACUUUAAGCAAGGGGCUUCACUAAGAGUAACCGGAAAGUUACAAGGGUAUUCUGUUGAGACAGCUAUCGCCACAGUAGUUGAUGGAAAUGACAGCUUAAAGAUCGACACCAAACUCCUCAGAGAGCUUAACAUUCGGGUUGGAUCCAUGUACCAGUUCAUCGGCGAACUGCAUAUUGAACCCAAUAAUGAGGCAGUCUUGCAAGCACGUGUGGGUAGAAAUGUUGAUGGCAUUGACCUCAAGCUCUAUUAUCAGUCUCUGCAAUUGCUAAGACAAUUUCAAGCCAAUCAUCUGAAGAACCCAACAGCUUAACACAGUUCUAGUUUGAGAAGGCUUUUGUGGAGAUUCAAAGGUAUUGUAGUAACUAGUGAGUGAAAUUCAUAUCAAUUUGCUCUAGUGUUGCCUGAGCUACUUUGUGACUUAGUAACCAGAAGAAUCAUGCUCUUGAAGAUUGUAAUAUUCUAAUCAGACUUCAUUCAUGACUUAAAAGAACCAUGGGAACCAAAAGGAGCUGCACUAGCUUUGUGGCA